AUGGCCGUACGUAUGCGUGCCACCCGACCCUCCCAACCGGUGCGCGUCUUGGACGUUGUCUACAACGCCAGCAGCAACGAAUUGGUGCGAACGAAGACCCUCGUGAAGAACGCCAUUGUGCAGAUCGACGCGCAGCCCUUCAAGCAGUAUUACCUCAAGAAGUACGGCGUCGACCUUGGGAAGAAGAUCAAGGGCGCCCCCGUCAAGAAGGAGGGCGAGGAGGAGGUCAAGAGGAGCCACCACGUCAUGGCGAAGCAGAAGUACCUGGCCUCCAAGCAGAAGCUCGAUCCGGGCGUCGAGGACCAGUUCCAGAGCGGUCGGUUGCUCGCCUGCAUCGCCUCCCGCCCGGGGCAGAGUGGCCGUUGCGACGGCUAUGUCCUCGAGGGCGACGAGCUCACAUUUUACAAGAGGAAGCUGGAGAAGAAGAAGAAGCAGUGA